UGCUCGGCUAGUCAACGUUUAUUUUUUUAUUCAGUGCGACACACUUCAUAUGAUGAAUCGUUCCUUGGCACUCCGAAUGUACUGGAUCUCUCUACUGGUAUGCGAUCUGCACAUUUGAAGGAACGCGAUAAUUCCACCACCAAUGUGCGACCAUUUGAUUCUGAAGAAUGGGAGGUUGAAUACUUCGUUGCGUCAGACGCGGCUGCUAUCAUUGAGCACACCAAGCAAGUACUGUUUUUGGAAGACGAUGACGUUGCUUUCGUGGAGGAUGGAGCGCUCACAAUCCAUCGUUUCACUCGAAAAGCGUCGGACAGCACAUCAGAUCAGACACGUGAGGUGCAGAAUCUGAAUCUAGAACUGCAGCAAAUCAUGAAGGGCAACUUCAAGACUUUCAUGCAGAAGGAAAUCUUCGAACAACCUGACUCGGUGGUGAACACGAUGCGCGGUCGCCUGUUGCCCAGCGGUCAAGUUGUGCUGGGUGGAAUAAAGGACUACGUGUCGGAUAUUAAGAGGUGUCGCCGGUUAAUAAUGGUUGCUUGUGGCACGUCUUACAAUUCGGCUAUAGCGUGUCGACAGAUUUUGGAAGAGCUUUCGGAGCUACCCGUAGUGCUGGAAUUGGCGUCAGAUUUCCUUGAUCGUCAGACUCCAAUUUUCCGCGAUGACGUCUGCAUUUUCGUCUCGCAAAGCGGUGAAACAGCUGAUACCCUGAUGGCCCUUAGAUACUGUAAGCCAAGAGGCGCCCUUCUCAUUGGAGUAACAAAUACAGUAGGGUCGUCGAUCUGCCGUGAAUCGCACUGUGGAAUACACAUUAAUGCAGGUCCUGAGAUCGGUGUCGCUUCCACCAAGGCUUACACUUCGCAAAUUUUGGCCCUUCUUAUGUUUGCAUUAGUUCUAUCGGACGACCGUAUUUCAAUGAUCAACAGAAGACGAGAGAUUAUAAACGCAAUGAAUAGUUUGCCAGGGAUAGCAGGGAAAGAGGAAAACAAAAACAAACGAGAUCACUCGAGGCCCUAUAAAAGGGGCUCUGAGGAGUAUGGACCCUCAAUUAUGUUUGCCGUCCCCGUCCCAGCUCAAGGAACGAUACCAGGAGUGGCGGGACAAGCCUCGCAAGCCGUGCCGCCAGUGAUUCUGAUCGCCGGGCCACAAGCGGCCCCAGCUGUCCAGACACCGCCGGUGGUGGGGUGGCCAACGGUCGUGUCGUGCGUGGCACCGCCGUCGGCCCCACCGAGAUCACGUGGAGGCAAACGCCGUCCACAGCGCAAUGAACCGCUGUGGGCGGCAAUCCGGAGACUCAAGGAAGCAGUCAGUUGCAGCCGAUCCACCCGAAGCCGUUCGAGGAGCAGGAGUCGAAGCCGGUCCGGUCGCUCGAGGCGAAGUCGAUCCCCUAGAAGUCACUCCAGGAGCAGAAGUCGAAGCCGGGCCCGCCGCUCUAGUCGAAGCCGAGCUAGCCGCUCUAGGCGAAGCGGAAGCCACCGUGGCCGCCCGAACUAUCGCGGCCGAGAGACCCCGAGGCGUCUGAAUCGCAGCCGCUCUAGUAGCGGGCAUAGCGAUGAAGACGCGGGGGCCGCUCAACCCUCGGGGGAACUUUCUUACAUGCAUUGCGAAGGAAUAAUGUCCGGUGAAUUGAAACACGGUCCAUUAGCGAUGGUUGAUGAGAAUUUACGCAUUUGCAUGAUCAUCUGCAAGGACACAGUAUAUUCGAAGUCGCUGAACGCCUUACAACAAGUGGUAGCCAGAGGUGGAGCGCCGAUCAUUAUUGCUGACAAGACAGUGCCGGAAAAUGAUUUGGCUGGCAUGGAGCAUGUCUUAAGAGUACCGAAGACUGUCGAUUGUGUACAAAACAUUCUCACUGUUAUUCCACUUCCAGCUGCUAGCCUUAGCCACAUUGCUGAGCUUAAAUGGCCAUAUUGUACGGUUAUUUAA